GUCCAGCCCCGCAUCAUGUGGAGUUCACAAAAAGAUUGCCCUCCCUAUGUUCGCCAACAAAGUCUCGAUAGGCUACCUACGUCGCAGUAUGCGGACACUAUACCGAGAUGCCUGCCAGAGCUAUGUAAGCCACCAAAAUCCUCUUUCCUAUCCCCCCCCUCCCCAAAAAAGACAACCAAAAACUUUCUCUCGCCAAAACCCUACUCCAUCGGAAUCCCCCAUUUCAAACCAACAUGAAGAUUUCAUACGCUUCUAUCAUGAUGCUGCUUUCCUUGACAGCUCUUGCGAUUCCCAAUCCGGAAGCAUACAGCCAAGAUCGGUCCGCACACGCAUUGAACAUACUUGAAGCGCGGAAGGGCUGUUCCGGCGCGAGAAAAUAUGAAGAUAAAUGCUCGGGCAAGCGUCUCGGUGAGAUGAACAGUUUCCAUGGCUGUUUACAAAGGGAAGGCAAAUGCUGCGCGAAAAACAAGGACGGAAGUGGUGGACAGGAUGUGAAAAGGGGCCAGGGUCGUGAGGACUGUGGCUUUUGUUUCACAGGAAAAUGCAAGGCAUAGAUAAUAAUAUACAACUUCAGUAUAUACUUGUUAAUGAAUGUUCA